CGUGCUGGUACGUUGACCUGUGGAUAUUAUCGAUACUUAAAUUUUUAGUCGAUGUUACCGUGCAUUCCUACAUCGUCGACUGUUGCUGCUUACGGGAAACGUAGGUCGCUAAUCAACCUGUAGGCGGCGCCACCAUCGCCAACAUGGCCACGUGCUAGAUGUGUUUACGCGAAGUGCGUCAUCUUUCGUAUUUUUCUUGCUCAUAUACCAAAGUGUUAGCCGCGAGAUUACGGUGUUGAGUAUCGUCAUGUUAUGCGUGUGUUGUUACUGACAGUCCAUAACGUGCUCCUCGUGGGCAUGGCGAGUGCGGAUGUGCCUGUUCCAAGGUGCACCUGCGACGUCAGGAAUCUGGCUACCUGUUCCGCUGUCAAUCAGAAUUCACCCACGAGUAGAGUCGUAAGAAGUUACAGACCACAUGGAAGCCUCGCCAGGCUACUUUACGAUAAACAGAAGGCGGACGAACAACUUGAGACGUUCGACAAAACCCAGUGGUACAGAAUAGACAGAGCGAAAAUCCGGGAGGAUUUGCUCCGUUUAUGGAUUCCCCUUGGAGCUGGCUCCCACCGCGAUCAACCAGACAAAACUGCCGAAAUCUUCCUAAUGAAAUCCGUCGAGAGGUCGGACUCUUUACCAUUGCAAGCAUGGCAUUCCUUGGCAAAAUCUGCUUUAUCCUGGUUCAUCAGUCGCACUUCCAUAAAUGGGCUACUAGGCCGCGGCUCCAUGCACGUCUUUUCCAGUGAACAAUUCCAAAAAUUAAUGGAGACCAGCGGCUUUUCUGGGCCAUGGCAUUCGGUAGUGGAUUUAGGGGCAGGUGACGGUGCCACCACUGCUCACGUAGCUCACCUAUUCGAAAAAGUUUACGCUACAGACAUAUCAGCACCGAUGAGAUGGGCCUUGGCGAAAAGGAAAUUUACGGUACUGGAUGUAGAGAAAUGGUACGAGACUGGUCCCUUCAACGUGAUCCUUUGUCUGAACCUAUUGGACCGUUGCGAUCGACCUAACACUCUACUUCGACGUCUGAAGUCGUCUUUGGCUCCAGGAGGUCGUCUGGUCAUAGCAUUGGUUCUUCCCUUCAGCCCUUACGUGGAAGUUGGUGAAAGAGACGAUCACAAACCAUCGGAAUAUCUGCCAGUAAAAGGGAACGGUCUAGAAGGUCAAAUAGCUAGCCUCGUCGACAGAGUUUUCGCGCCAUUGGGUCUAAGGUGUCUAGCAUGGAGCAAACUGCCUUACCUCUGUGAAGGAGACCUACGUCAGGCGUAUUACUUUCUCGACGACGUGAUAUUCGUUCUAGAGGCACAGCCAGAUAGCCCGCGAUACUCUGCUUCCGAUUGGAUAGAUACAGUGUCACCUGGUGGAGAACGCUGCAACAACAUACUCGAGCAACAGGCUGGUCACGAAUGGAAAUGUAAUACAGGCAAGUCACACUUGUAAAAACUUUAAUGAUUGCUGUUCAUCAGUUAGAAUUAUGCAAGAAUACAGAAGAGCAAUACUGGCAAGCGACAACGAGCUUAAUGUGCAAAUACAGCGGUAGCAUUGGUGUAUUAUAAUUCAUCAUCGUCAUCGAUUGUCCAUUUAUGCGAUUGAUAAACGAACAACGACGGUGCGCAUUUUACAAUGAUCUUACUGUCAAAGUCAGAAGGUGCAGAAAACUUGUACACGGUUCCUAUUGGUAUUAAAUAUGACAUGAGAGCGAUAAAACUUGGAAACUGGAUUCUGAACAACAGUUCACACGGUCGCGACCCAACUUCGCAUACAUCUAAAACGUUUAAUUUGUCUCGAGACUUGGUUUUUUGUACCUUUUAUCAUCAGACUUUGUUUCCGUGCUCCCUCUUUCGUUUUUUUUUUUUCUUUUUUUUCCUUUUAUUUGGCAUACACGUAGCGUCUUAGUCAUGGAUAUGCUUAGUCGUGUCGACGCUUCGACAACAAGACAAACGGUGAUACGUUUGCGUUAGUCUCAUAAUAGCUACUAGAAGAAAUAGGUCCAUUUAGUUGUUGCAAAUACACUUUGGCGUGUAACAGGUAAAUCGUCAAAAAUUACUUAGAUAAUAUUGCAGCAGCCUUACUUUAAGAUCAUGUCGAUUAACAAAAACAAAAAAUAUACAGGACUUAAAUUUCGGUGAUAUUUCAGGUCGAAUGUGUUGCGCAAUGAAUAACAUUUUGUGUGCCAAAUGUGGAUGACCUGUAACUAAAACCACAACUUGUACCAGCUUUGCGUGGUAAUCUCAGGCAGAGUCAAAACACAGGAAACUGCAGAAUUGAUUCACUUCUAAUACUUUCAAAAUCUUAUAAACAACAAGUUUAAAAUUCCAUUCAACUAUAAAUUUUAUUCUUAAAUUAA